AUGAGAACUCACAAAGCAGCGUCGAGUAACAGCAUCAACAGGCGGCCCACUGUUCUAUAUCUGGUUUGCGCUGCCGCAUUCUUCUCUGUUCUCCUUUUCGGCAUCCAAUCUUCUUUAUUCACAGGUAAUCAGAAAUUAGAUCUCAAGACUGAACAACAAGAUGUUCGAAUUUUAUCGGAAUUUCAGUCUACUGUAAAGCAAUGCGUGGCAAACAGAGGGCUCGGUCUCACUGCACAUAUUAUUGACCAUUGCAACUUGACUCUGAAGUUCCCCGAAGGAACUAACAGCACCUGGUAUAAUGAGCAGUUUAAAACUUUUGAAGCACUGGAGUACAAUUAUAAUGUUUGUGAGGCAAUUUUAUUGUGGGAGCAGUACCGGAAUAUGACGACAGUAUUGACAAGGGAGUAUCUAGAUGUUCGGCCUAAAGGGUGGGAGGAGUAUGCAGCACAAAGGAUAGCACAAUUGGGAGCUGAUAAAUGCUAUAAUAGGACACUUUGUGAGGAACACCUUAAUUUGAUACUUCCAGCAAAGCCACCUUUUCAUCCUCGGCAAUUCCGUACAUGCGCAGUUGUUGGAAAUUCAGGCGAUCUUUUGAAGACAGAGUUUGGAAAGGAGAUUGAUAGUCAUGAUGCUGUUAUAAGGGACAACGAGGCUCCUGUUAAUGAGAAAUAUGCCAAGUAUGUUGGUCUGAAGAGGGAUUUUCGCCUUGUUGUAAGGGGUGCGGCUCGUAAAAUGGUUGCCAUUCUAAAUGGAUCUGCUGAUGAGGUACUUAUAAUCAAAAGUGUUGCGCACAAAGACUUUAAUGCAAUGAUCAAGAGAAUUACAAAUCCAGUUUACCUUUUCCAAGGUAUUGUGCUCCGCCGGGGUGCCAAAGGAACUGGAAUGAAGUCUGUAGAAUUAGCACUUUCUAUGUGCGACAUUGUUGACAUAUAUGGUUUCACUGUUGAUCCUGGAUAUACUGAAUGGACACGUUACUUCUCUACACCUAGGAAAGGGCAUAAUCCACUUCAAGGAAGGGCAUACUACCAGCUCCUAGAGUGCCUUGGUGUUAUCAGAAUCCAUUCUCCCAUGAGGUCUAAGAGGAAGCAAGAUUGGUCAGAUGUGCCAAGUCGAGAAAUGAUAGGCAGAGCUCAUGCAGCAGCCUUGCGAUUAAAGAGGAGUCAAGCUGGUCAGGCCGGUGAUUUGGGACAGUUUGGUAGUUGUAAGGUGAUGGGCAAUGUGGACCCUGACAACAUUGGGCCUGUCUCAGGAUCUCCAGACAUGAGUGAUGUAAGAAAGAAUUCAAAUUACAAUAAAUGGGAAGUCUUGCCUUUCAAGAGUCUGAGGAAGGAAGCACAGGACCACUUUAUUCAAAUGGAAGGUGCUUCUCUAUACAAAAUGGAUGGCAAUAAGUUGGAUGACCUAAGCCAGCCGUGCAUUCCCACUUUCUCAUUGUCUUGUGGAAUUUUCAGUGAGAUUGGACUUCUUUCACAGCUCAGCUUGUGCACCACUCUAGUUUAUCAUUUUAGUGAAUAUGCUGGGAUCAGUAGCAGUGACAUGGGAGGAAUCGCAGCCUGCAAUAUGCAGUGGGAAAGACAUCAUCAGCAAUACACUGUUUGA